GUCUUUUGUACCUGGGGGUAGUGGUGUGGGGGGGGACUCUUUCUGUCUUAAGAGCUUUCUUGAAUAAGACUUGUUUCUAAUGGACAUAAAUAUUGCCAGGUUUUAAAGACCUGACUCGAGAGUUUUUAUUUUCUGCUAAAACUAGUGUGUAAGUAAGUACCCGGGGAUGUCUCAUCACACAUGGGAUCCAGUGUCUGUCCACAGUGCUCCCUAUGUUAGCCAACACUUCAGCCCCUAGGACCCCUUUACACCCUUAAGCAAUUCUCGAGGUAUCCAGAAUCCUUUGUGGGUGGACAUACCAGUAUCUACCACGUAAGAAGUAACAAUUCUUAUUUUCCAAUUCACUUACAACUAGAAUGGCAUGCCUGUUUGUAACAGGGAUGCAAUUUAAUGGAAAGUAACUUCUGUAAAGCAAAAUAAGAAAUAGAGUGGCAUUGUUUUACACAUCAGCAACCUGUUUAAUUGUAUGUCCUCAUAGGAGAUAAUUGUAUUCUCUCCAACUUGCAUCUCAUGUCUGCAUUCUCUUUAUUGUAAUUGGAGCCCAGAAAGCCACUUGCACUUGCAAAUGUAUAGUAAGAAGGCUAAAAAACAAUUGCUAUAAAAAUAGUUUUAACCUCUUGUUCCCUACUAUGCAGUCCUAGGAACCUAUUGGGUUCCUAAAUUGCUCUUGUUAGCCAGCGGCUCUAUUUGUGGGAGGGAGGGGCAAAGGUCACAUCCCCAUGUGACUCUUCAUCUGUCCCGUUUGUUAUAAAACUCAAGGCAAACAGGUAAGUUAUGUUAGUAAUGGCUCCCAGGAUGCCCCGACAAGUGGCAAGAGAGGAUAGGUGGGGCAGAGUAGGGCGGGAGCUGGAUGAAAGUCUGGUAACAGUGGCUCUCUGACCUUGUGGUACAGUUACUGAGGGGCUCAGGCACAAGUUGAGGAGGACGGUGUAUCAGAAGACAAACUGCCUGGGCAAAUGCUUCUUGGUCAUCAAUAAGUAGACUGUGUAUUUUGUGUUUAUUUGCACUGUAUACACAUACAUUGACCUGGAACUAUUUAUAAUUGUGGCUUUACUGCCAUUCCUUUACAUCCAUGCCCCCCUUUAUUUGUAAUAAUAUGUAUUAUGUGAGGGAAAUGAGAUAAAAUGAAUAUAUUCACUUUAUUUAAAAAAAAAAUCCCGUUUGGGGAUUGUUAACUGUGUGGAUUGCCAGUCAGUACUGGCUGCACCUGUGGGGAGCCAGCCCAGUGUAAGCAGAGGAGAAGUAGCAGGGUCACUGAGAAACUCUAAAUCCUUCACAGUUUUUCUUUGCCAAAAAGUACUGUUUAUCUCUGAGUUUUACCCAAUUUCUUUUUUCUUGUACAGAUGUACUGAUUUUCAGUACAGAUAUAGGAUUAUAUGUUAUAAUUGAUCCCAAAUCCUUAAAACUCUCCUACUUUUUACCUUUGUUCUCCCCACAGGUACCUUAAAGAUUAAAAUGCCAUCAAAUACUAUAUUUGUUUGGUUGCCUAGGUUUUUCUUUCCCGACAACAAUUCAGUUUUGACACCAGACUGUUUUGUUGCCUGUCACAGGAGAACUAUUAUGAUGACAUUAAAACAGAUUUCUGCAAUUGUUAGCUCCAACAAAGAUGCUCUUUGCUACCUACUUGUAACUUUUCAUGUCCAGUCAAUAAAGAAUCCUGCAAGGGUGGGUGUGGUGAUAGUUGCCAGCAAGCUUGUGUGGGAGUGUCCACAGGGGACAGAGCACUGGGAAGUCAUGACACAGUCCUUUGAGAGCCAUUAGCUGCUACAAAACAGCAGUCUGGCUGCUUGAUCAAACAAGGUGAAUGAAAACAGGAUGAAAGAACUGGUUUCCCUGAGUUGUUAUUCUGUGUAUGAGGGGAGUUGUAAAUAAGUACGGCUUACUCCUUUGUGCAUCUGCAGUCACUAAUCUCCAAAUACCUUAGAGUUUUAUAUUUAUAGGUACUGGCAUGCUAAAAUACUGAUAGAGUGUAUGAUAAUCUUAUGUGAGACAUGUUCUAAUUUAGUUACGUUUUCAUUAUUUUUAUUAUAAGGCCUGCUGAAAAUGACUGAGUAUAAACUUGUGGUAGUUGGAGCUGGUGGCGUAGGCAAGAGUGCCUUGACGAUACAGCUAAUUCAGAAUCACUUUGUGGAUGAAUAUGAUCCUACGAUAGAGGACUCCUACAGGAAACAAGUAGUAAUUGAUGGAGAAACCUGUCUCUUGGACAUUCUCGACACAGCAGGUCAAGAGGAGUACAGUGCAAUGAGGGACCAGUACAUGAGGACUGGGGAGGGCUUUCUUUGUGUAUUUGCCAUAAAUAAUACUAAAUCAUUUGAAGAUAUUCACCAUUAUAGAGAACAAAUUAAAAGAGUAAAAGACUCUGAAGAUGUGCCUAUGGUCCUGGUAGGGAAUAAAUGUGAUUCUCCUUCUAGAACAGUAGACACAAAACAGGCUCAGGACUUAGCAAGAAGUUAUGGGAUUCCAUUUAUUGAAACCUCAGCAAAGACAAGACAGAGAGUGGAGGAUGCUUUUUAUACAUUGGUGAGAGAGAUCCGACAGUACAGAUUGAAAAAAAUCAGCAAAGAAGAAAAGACUCCUGGCUGUGUGAAAAUUAAAAAAUGCAUUGUAAUGUAAUCUGGGUGUUGAUGAUGCCUUCUAUACAUUAGUCCGAGAAAUUCGAAAACAUAAAGAAAAGAUGAGCAAAGAUGGUAAAAAGAAGAAAAAGAAGUCAUACACACAGUGUAUAAUUAUGUAAAUACAAUUUGUACUUUUUUCUUAAGGCAUACUUAAGUAAAAGUGGUAAUUUUUGUACAUUACACUAAAUUAUUAGCAUUUGUUUUAGCAUUACCUAAUUCUUUUUUUUUUUUUUUGUUCUGUUUGUGCAAACUGUCAGCUUUUAUCUUAAAUGCUUAUUUUAAAAUGACAGUGGAAACCUCUUUUCUCUAAGUGCCAGUAUUCCCUGGGUUUUGGACUUCAACUAGCAAUGCCUGUGGAAGAGACUAAAGACCUGAGACUGUCUUCCCGGGGUUUGGUGCAUGCAGUUGAUUCCACGCUAAUUCUCUUACCAGCUGUGAGCAUUGUGUGACCCGGAGUAGUGAAGCUUUUGAUCCAUCUCUGCUCUGUUUCAUCUAGUCAUUGAGUGAAUUAAUUAGUAAUUACAGCUGCAUUGAGACCUAAGACUGCGGAAUCACAGAUUUAUGGUCUUCCCUUGAUUCACUUUUAGCAUGUCCUAGAAUUUAUCAUCCUUCAUAAGUGUAGUUAGACUGUUCAAAAAGGCUUUCUCUUGCUUUCCAUUCCCCAGAAUAGUAUAUUUUUUCUAGAAAAGGGGAAAAAUGGGGGAAAAAAAGCUAAUGGAGAAUAUUAAAUAAAAGUCCGUUCCAUGUUGGCUAAAUUACUGUAAGAUUCCUAAUAGCGUUUCCUGGUAAGGCAGACCCACAAAGAAAUAGUAACCGUUUGGGCCAUAUUUACAUGCUACUAAAUUUUUGUAAUAAUUCAAACAAUUUUAACAUAUAUAAAAAGUUCUCAUAAGAAUUAGUAUAAUAAUUUCCCUGUGUCAGAGUGUUCUUAGCUUAACUUUUAAGUCUUUUUUUGAACUUAUGUCCUUGAAAGUAGUUUUAAUUCUGGUUGAGAAACUGAAGGUGAUUUGAGACAGUUACAGCUUAGCAGGUGCUGAGAUCAGAGUUGCAAGGCUGGGCCUCCCAUGACCCUUUGAUGAGUGUCACUGGGUUUAAGUGCUGGCACGUUCAGUGCUGGUCAACAUGGGGACAAGGAGAGUUUGGACAGCUUAGUACAAUACAUUCUCUCCAGGUAGCAAUCCUGCUGACAAAUCAAUAUUUUUUGUUUAUAAUAAUAAAAUUUUAAAUAAAUUUCAAUGCUAUCUUCAAGGUUGAGAUUUUGGGGUAAGAGGCUCCAAAGGAGAGUAAAUCUUUAAAACAAUGAAGUAUGAAAGUUUGAAAAUGCAUGUUUGACUAGCCUUUCAAUGCUGAACAAACAUUUCUAAGUACUCCCUAAACCUGAUAUGUAUUUAGAAAUAUCUAAUGCUUUAAAACUAGAAAAAACAAUCCAUUCAAUGCACCUAAUACAUUCCUUGAAUUAUCUGAAGUGAUUAAAAUCCACUGGACUAUGAGGACUGGAUGUCUGACUUUAGGGCAUAUCACUGUCUACUUGAUGUGAAAUCAUCUCAGAGACUCUUCUCAGCUGUGUGGUUUACAGUCUGUUUACACACCACUACACCAGGUAACUUUUUACAUGGAUUGUCAUCUUCACACCAGUCUUGGGCAAAAUUGUGCAAGAGGUCAAGUUUGUAUUUCAGUAUCCAUUCUCCAGUUGCAGGACCCCUUCCAACAUAUACCCCUGACUUAGUGUAGUUUUCUUUUAAUACUUUAAUUUCCCCCCACUUCAAGUAUUAUUUCUGCAGUGAACAACUACAUGAAAGUUGCCCACUAAGGAAGGUACAACAAAGCUGCCCAUGACUUUUUUUCCCUUAAAAUAAUCCAACAGAAACCGUAGUGGGAUUUGAACUGAUAGCUGGUUUUCGGGUGGCCACUACAGAAAUUUAAUCUUGAUUCUUUGGACUUCAUGCCUGCAGCCCAGUAAUUUUCAAAUCUAGUAUGAACAGAGAGAACUCUGUCUGGAAGGACAGCUUAAUCUUCAUCUAGGUGUCAUCCUGGUUAGUGAUGGAUUCCAUUGUUUUAAUAAAUACAGUAACAAUGAAAAACACUUAAAAGUUUUAAUCAUAAAGCUCAUUUUUAAAGUCAGAAUUUAUUUACUCAGCAUUUAUCCAGUGCUUGUCUUAUGCUAGGCACCACACAAGGCACUGGAGAUGUGAUGUGAUAUCCCCAAAGAAGGGACACAGUCUUUGCUGGUGGUUUGUAGUGUGAUCUGUAAGACUUUAGUAAGGCAUAUGGUACAGACCUAGAAUAGAAUGCAUGGUUUGCAGAGAGCGGUUUGGUUUCUUACAGUUUUCCCUCAAUUUAGCAAGAGUUGCUUGAUGUGAUUCCAAUGGAACUCUUUAAUCAAGCUACUUUAUAUAAUUAUUUUAUUUUUCUAAAGGAAUAGACAUUCCCUAAUCUAGUUUUCCCCUUAUGUAAAUAAUUUUUUAAAACUUUUAAAAAUUAUUUACCAACUUCUAUUAUAGUUUUAUUUGGGUUCAAAUAAACAGGGGCCUGAGUUUAUUUGCAAGAAAGGAAACAAAAUCAGUAUGAUUUCUGAAAUGUUCUAUACUCUGCAUGUUCAUAGAACAUUCUAGCCAUGGAUAUUAAGUCUUUUGGGUGGUGGGCAUCUAAGACAGGGUUUCUCUGUAGACCAGGCUGGCCUUGAACUCAGAGAGAUCACCUGCCUCUGCCUCCUGAGUGCUGGGACUAAAGCCGCCGCCACCACCCGGAUAGUAAAUCUUAACACAUGUAGUAAUGCUUCUUGUUUCUAUAGAGGGACCUCAGAAGCUGCAGCGCAUAAUCAGAUGGUACUGAAGUCAGUUCAGUUGUUAGUGUUUCUGGGCAGGUGUAAUGAUUAUUACCAUUAUGUAGUUCUGAAUUGCUAUCCUUUUGUUGACAAAAAGGUUUUGUAGAGUUUUUUUUUGUUUUUGUUUUUGUUUUUUAAGGGGAAGAAGUCCUAGCAACAAACAAAUGUUAUUCAGUUACUACAGCCUUAAGUCCUGUUGAAGUUGAAAACCAGUGCUAAAUCACAGUCAUAGGCAUUAACAUGUUCUUGGGAAGAAUAUAGCAGCAAAUACAAUUUGGUAAAUAUUUUCAAUCAGGAAUUCUAGGCUCUAUUGACUGAGUCACACUGCAUAGGAAUUUAGAUCCUAACUUUUAUAGAUUAUUAAGAUCUUUGCCACCAUUGCACAAUUUCGUCCUAACAAGUUCUGUGAGACAUGUCAUAAGUUACAGUUUGCACAAAUUCAUCUCAUUUUGUAUUCCUCUGAUUUUCCAUUUCCUCCCAAACAAUAAAUACAUAUUUAGGAGGGGUUUUUUGUAGGCAAUAAAAGUUUAAACUCCAUUUGUUAAAAAGUAGUAAUCUGUUGAUAAUUGUGUAGUCAUUUUUUAAGACCCCAAAGUUACUUUAAAGGUGAAUUUAUACUUAAUAAAUUCUGGGUAAUACUGGGUAGCAUGAAUUCUGCACUGAAAAAUUGAACAGAUACACCCAGUAGCUGUAAAAUUCUGUCAAAUAUAAAAAUCAUUUCUAAAGUACAUUAGUUUUCAAAGAAUAGUUAUUAAUUAGAUUCAGAUUUGUGGUUUAGUUUAAUAGUUUGAAGUGCCUGUUUGGGAUGGUAGGCAUUUUAGAUGAAUUUGGGAAAAAUAAAGUGCUCUGCAGAAAUGCCGGUUUUAGACCCGGCCACCCCAACCAGCUAAGUGGGCUAUGUGCUGAUUUAUCUCCAGGUCCCCAAUUCCACUGUCUAUGUCUUCAUGUUGAGAACACUUCUGCAUUUUUAUUUGAGUGCCAAUUUCUUACUAGUGCUAUUUCUCAAUGUAACAUGUUUACCUGGAAUGUAUUUUAACUAUUUUUGUAUAGUGUAAACUGAAACAUGCACAUUUUGUACAUUGUGCUUUUCUUUCUUUCAUUUUUUUUCUUCUUUUUGUGGGACAUAUGCAGUGUGAUCCAGCUGUUCUCCAUCCUUUGGUUGUGCUGACCUAGGGAAUGUUGGUCAUAUCAAACAUUAAAUUUAAAAUGACCACUCUUUUAAUUAAAAUUAACUUUUAAAUGUUUAUAGGAGUAUGUGCUGUGGAGUGAUCUGAAAUUUGUAAUAUUUUUGUCAUGACCUGUACUGCUCCUAAUCAUUGUAAUGUAAUAAAUAGUUAUGGUGACUA